GUAUUUUUCUUCUAUAAAACGUUGUUAAGUUAUCGAAUGUUAUGAAAAUGUUGUUCUAAUCGAGCAUUUAUAACGGAACUAUAUUUUGCGAUAGCUGUACGCGUUUUGUAUCAAUACGCGCUGGCGCAUGAAUACAGUGUGAGAAGUUAUUGAAGGAAAUUGGAAUUGAAGUCAUUCGUUUAAUUUUUUGCGAAUUUUGAAAAUUUAUAAAUGAAAAAACGAAAUUUUAAUUUUGAAGACAUUUAUCGAUAUAAAAUUAAAUGUUUAUUGGUUAUUUGAUACGCACUUUGUUUAGUUUCGACCAAUAGAAAUCUCCCUUUCGGAAUUUUGUUUCAUACGUCAUCAUCACAUUACGGUAGAAAUUCCCGUUUGUUUAUCACUAGAGGGAAUUUCCCUCUAAUGGCGUUUCUCUCAUUUCCUUCGACGUAAUUGAUUUUCUUUCUGAAACUAUAUAUCGAUGUCUUAAUGGAAUAUAUUAUUGUAACGAUAAACUUUAAAUUCGGCUUAGAUAUUUCUUGCAAAUUCUAACAUUUGGAAUAAAUGUUUAAGCGUUUUACUUAUGUAGGGAUUUUCGGGAAAUGUUUUAGGGAUUUUUAAGAUCUUGCGCCAUUUCCUAUGCUUCGAACAUGACGAUAUAGCUAAUGUGAUAAAAGAUGAACCCGAAUGUCUUCAUUUCACAGGUAUAUCAAUUCAUUUUUUAAAGUGUAUUAUGAAGGAGAAUGAGAACAAAUGCAAGAACGCGAUGUCGUCAUCGAGUGAUUUGCUAGAAAAUCAGGGAAAUGAAACGUGUAGCAGCGAAAUAAGGAAACACACCAAGGAAGAAAAGGACAUGAAAAGUGAAAAGUCGACUGACGAGGAAAAUAGCAAAAAUAGAAAGGAGGAUAAUACACAUACACCUGAACAAUCAAUUGAAAAUGAUAGGAAAGAAGCAAGUUGUAAAAGUAAAGAUAAUGAAAGUAGUGAUACAAAAUUUACUGGAAAUGAAACUAAAUCACUUAAUGUAUCCAAAACAAUAAGAAGAGGUAAAAGAAGAUCUAGACAGAGAGAAUUAAUGGGUCCAAGACAUAAAUUAACUAACAGAGAUAUUGCUAAAUUAUUAAAAAAGAAGCGUGACAUGCGCAAGCGAGAGGCUUCGGGUAAUCACGAUGAUGAGCAACCUGGGAUGAAAAAGAAGAGGAUUCCUAAUAGACCGGGCAUAACUUUUCAAGUCGGUGCUCGUCUGGAAGCGAAGGAUUAUCUCGAUAAAUGGUACACGUCUAAGAUUGUUGCCGUUGAUGAAGAGGAAGCGGAAAUCCUCAUUCAUUUUGAAAGAUGGAGUGCGAGAUUUGACGAAUGGAUGCCAAUGGAUAGUCCGAGAAUACGUGCUCUUACUCAUCCUUCGACUCGAAACGAACAGAAAGAAAAGGUUAAGGUAAAUAAAUCUUUAUUACAAUAUAAAGUGGGAGAAGAAGUUUUAGCACGCUGGACGGACUGCAAAAUGUACCCUGCAAGAAUACUCCAAUUGAACAAAGAUGGAUUAUAUGAUGUACUGUUUUAUGAUGGAUUUAGACGUGCUCUGCAGCCACUAAAUAUUGAAAAACUUCCCAAGGAAAUGGUGGGUAAAGUAGAUAUUCCAACGAUUCCAAAAGAAGAAAAAAGUGAAAAGAAAACUAUAUCAACUAAGGAAUUUGGGAAAUCGCCUAAAAGGAUGAAAAAAGGUCUGAAAAGUAACAAACUUAUUGAAAAAGAUUUGAAAUGGAUUCUGGGCAAAAGGAAGAAAUUAAUUGUGGGAGGAAUAUUCCAAGCUAAACGGAUUAAAUUAGAAGAAGAAAAGCGACCUAUCACUCCGCAUAAAACUAAAGGAAGAAAGCAAUCUAUGGUACCCGAAGAGGAAACAGUAAAGCCAAAUUCAGAAGUAUUGGAUGAGGUUGCUGCACCUGUAGGAUAUAUAGAUGGAAGGAAAAUUGCAAGGAAAGAAUUUAUUAUUGAAGAAGAUCAUAAUCAUUUUAAAUGUAAAGUGCCAGGCUGUAAUAAAAGUUUUAGAAAAGACAAAUUAUUGCAGUCCCAUAUGAAACAUUAUCAUAACAAUUCAGAUACAAAAGUUAAAGAAAAACAUAAUACAUCCUCUAAUAAUUCAUCUAUAGAAGAAACAAAGGAAAUUUCCAUCAAGGAAAUUGUUCCUGUACAAAUUAAUGAAAAAUUAAUAGAAGAAGAAAAAGAUGAAAAGCUCCAGACUCCUAAAAAACAAGAAUCAACUAAGAGUUCUGCUAAAGAACUGCAAACUCCAAGUCUCAAAGUUCCUAAAGAUGAAAAUAAAUCUAAUUGUAAUCAAGAGAAUACAAAAACAAAAGGAUCCAAAGCUGUUAAAGCAGAGGUCACAAAUUAUAAACAAUCUAAUACUGAAGAUAAAGUCUCUGAAGACAAGCCUAUUAAAACUGAAAACAAACCUGUAAAGACUGAAAACAAAUCUACCAAAAUAGAUAAAAAUAAACCUAGUAAGUCAGAAAAUAAGUCUUCUAAAACAGAGAAAGGAAAAACUAAAGUAGAAAAUAAACCGAUAAAAAUAGAAAAAGAUGAAAAAAUUCCAGAAAACUCGGAAUAUAUUCAAGAGGUUAAAAAGCCAGAAGAAAUUAAUGUUCUAAAAAUUGAGCAAGAGAAGAAAAUAGAUGAGUCAGUUACAAUUAAAAUAGAAGAAAAACCUUUGACUUCACCACCGCCAGAGAAACCUCACACUGGUCGUUCAAAAAAGAGACGAACUCUUUCUCUUCCACUUCCUGAGGGUAAUAUAAUUGAAAAUACACCUGUGAAUGAUAGUGGAAAUGACAUAAAAACCAUAAAUGAAAUACCAGAGAUUACUAAGUCAGAAGAUAAAUUUAAUUCCGAGAAAUCUAGCGAGUUUGAUAUUAAGGCUACUCCAGAUUCAAAGCAUUUAAUACAAGAGGAAGAAACAGAAGAAGGACAAAGUGAUGAAAUUGUCCAUUGUGUGUGUAAUUGUAUUGAAGAAAAUGGAUUGAUGAUGCAAUGUGAAGUUUGUUUGACCUGGCAACACGGGGCUUGUUUUGAAAUUGACGAUGUAAAAGAUGUUCCUGAUAAGUAUGUAUGUUAUGCAUGCCUGAAACCAAAAGGACUACGUGAAAGUUUUCGAUAUAAACAUGAUCAAGACUGGUUCAAAAAAGGAGAGUUAACAACAUUUGGUUUUCUAUCAAAUAAAAUCAUAUCCAAUACAGAUACACAAACAUCAUUAGUCAUUCAUGAACUCGUAUCAUCAUUACACAACAUAUUAUUUGUCAUUCAUAGUUUACAAUGCAAAUUAAAAAUUGCCAAAGAAGAAAAUCAUCCAGAUUUAAAUCUGUGGAAAACACCAUGGUUGGAAUCAUCUCAGUCUCUUUUCUCUGAGGAUGCAGACUUAAAUCAUAUGCAGAUAACAAGAGUGGCAGAUUUUGAUCAUUCUUAUUCCUCACUGAAACAAGAUUUAGAGACAGCAAAUGCAGCAAAUAAAUUGAAUGAUCAUUGGAAAAGUGAGGAGAAAGAUUGGUUUGUUGAAAAUAAGAAAAAACCUGAACAAAAUAUUGUUAAAGUAGGAGAAACUAGUCACACUAUUGAACAGCAAAAAUUAAAUGGGAGGUCUAUAUCAAAUGAUAGAGAAAAAAUUAAUAUAAAAAGUUUUAAUAAAAAAGAAGAAAAAUUUAAUAUACUUCCAGAUCCUAUACAUUGUAAAAAAAAUUUGCUUGAUCAUAUCAUAUACAUGCAACAUAAUAUUGAACAACAACUAAAUGCUAUAGAAGAUCAUCUGCAGAUGCUUGAAACAGAAAUGGGAAGUUCUCAUAUUGAUGUGGAUAAACAAAUGCCAAAAUUAUUAAAUUCUGUCCGAAAACUGAUGAAAGAUUUAGCUCUUGUCCAACAGUUGACACAAUUUCAGUAAUUGUCACCAUUGCACUGUUUAUAUAUCAUUUAACUAGUAUUGCACUGGAUAUAAAAUUUUGAGUUGUAAAUAUCAAACUAGUAUUCAAAAUAAAAGUUGUAGAAUUUAUUCAAAAUAAAAUCUUCAGUUUUCUGCAAAAAGACUUUAUUCAUCAUAAUUAUUUUAUUUUAUUGUAUCUUUUUAUAAAUCAUACGGAUGUUCAAUAAUUUGAUUAAAAUAUUUAACCCUUGUGAGGUCAUCUGCUAAUCAAAAUAGCAUUUUUUACUUUUGCUACAUUGUAUCCAUUUUAGACAAGAUUUGUCUAGUUGCAAUUCUUCAAAUAAAGAAUAUAUUUACUGUAUAAA